AUGCACUAUGUGGCUGCCCACCUUUUGGCUGUCCUCAUCAACAAUAACUCUCCCAACUCCAAGGACCUGAAGAAGAUCCUAGACAGCAUCAGCAUUGAGGCAGAUGAGGAGCAAUUCAAGGUCAUGGACAAAUUCAGCAGCAAAAACAUCCAGGAUGUGACUGAGAAGGGCAGAAGAAUGCAUGGGUUGCUCUUUGUUUUUGCAAAAUUAGCAGUGAGGGCUUUGGGCAGGCCAACAAAAUUGGAGGCAACCAAUGGAAAGGGAGACAGAUUUUUCGUGGAAAAAUCGAGGAAAACCAAAACCGACAAUAACUGGUGUCAAUGA